GAUAUAUAGUUCUGUCAAGUGUCAAAAAACAUAACCUCAAUCUCAUGUUGUCGUGUUGUUGGAGGUUAUUUUGUUUACUGUACAGUAUUUUGAGUUUUUAAUUUAUUUAACGUAAACGAAAAAAUAUUAAUAUAAGUAUCUGAAAAUGGGUAAACAACGGAAAACCAGAAAAAUUGUUGAACGUAAGUUUGCUAAAAUGAAGAAGCUUAUAAGUCUUAGUGAUAACAGGAUAAAACCUACGGAACGAGUUGAGCCAAAGAAGAAAAAAAUUGAUCCACACGAGUUGAAAAUACGCGAAGCACCACAAGCGAGCUCAGCGUUGUUCUUCCAGUACAACACUCAGCUAGGACCGCCUUACCAUAUACUCAUUGAUACUAACUUCAUUAAUUUCUCUAUAAAAAACAAAUUAGACAUAGUACAGAGCAUGAUGGAUUGUCUAUAUGCCAAAUGUAUCCCAUACAUAACUGACUGUGUAUUAGCUGAGUUAGAGAAACUGGGCCGAAAAUAUCGUGUAGCAUUAAGAAUAAUUAAAGACCCAAGGUUUGAAAGGAUCACUUGUUUACAUAAAGGAACUUAUGCUGAUGACUGUAUUGUACAAAGGGUGACACAACAUAAAUGUUAUAUAGUGGCUACAAAUGACAAAGAUUUGAAAAGAAGAAUAAGAAAAAUACCAGGUGUGCCAAUUAUGUAUGUUGCUGAACAUAAAUACACUAUCGAGAGAAUGCCAGAUGCAUAUGGAGCUCCCAAAGGAGCUAUUUAGUAUUAAGGUAAUAAUUAUGUAAUAUUAAAUUAAAAUAAACAUUUUGUUUAAAAAAAA